AUGCUUCCCACCGAACUGUGCAACCUUGUCAUUGACCAUCUCCAUGACUCCAAACCAUCCCUCUUAGCAUGCUCCCUAGUCUGCCGCGCUCGGGUCCCUGAAAGCCGUUUUCACCUCUUCCACAAAGUGCGGCUCUUUCGCGACACAGAUCUAUUCUUUCAGUUAUUGGAGAGCCCACACGCUACGCUCGCUUCAGCUCAUAUACAUGAGCUUGAUGUCGCACAGAAUGCCGUUACUAUGAACGGAAACCUCGAAAACCUUGACGGAGAGCUGCUUGACCGUCAGAUAUUCCAAGGCGUCUUGGCCCGGUGCCCUGCAAAUGUUUUCGAGCAUGUGCGGAAGUUGUCCGUAACAUGGGUUGGCUGGUGGAUCCUAGGUGACGCGGAGAGACUGAGUAUUGGGCAUAGGUUCCAGAACGUGAUCGAGCUCGCGUUGUGGAUGGUUGUUUUUCAGGAGGACGAAGAAUUUCCUGCUCUGAUCGCUUCGUUCCCAGCCCUGGAGGUCUUGUCCUUGCAGACUAUACGGUUCCGGGUUAAGGAUUUGGAAGAAGAACACUCGCACACCGAACACACACUACCAGCCAAUUUGCAUACUAUCUCGAUCAACGAUGUGUCUAACCCCCAUGUAAUACGUUCCUUGAUUCCUUGUCCAUCCCUUCGAGUAUUCAAGUGUCAUUAUGUGAACUUCGGUGACUUCGAGCCGAUAUUGGCGAAAGAGUUUGGUCAGCUGCUGUUGUCUGCUGGCGAGCGUUUCGAAGAUUUCAGGUUUACUAUCCAGGCCGCAGCGAUGCUUAACGACGGUGUUGAUCUUGACAAACAGUACCUCCUCCCUUUCCUCAAGCGCCUCACAGAGUCCGACAUUUCUACUCCCAUGCUGGAGACGCUGGACAUACAUUAUCUGUCCGUGCAUGAUCUAGAUUGGGAGGAGCUCGAUGACGUCCUUCAGCAUCCCCACUUCCGUGCCGUCAAAGAGAUCAAAACAACCGUCCCGACGUACUUUAGCCUUGAAGAUGUUGUUGGACAAGAGCCAGGAUGGUAUGUGAAGCCCAAUGAUGGAUCCAACGCCCAUGUUGAGAUGGGGAAUAACAUCGCAAGGUUCAUGGAAAAGUUACCAAGGUGUCGAGCGAGGGGGAUAUUACGGCCGGAGGAGGGAUGGAGGUUUUUUGAUAGUUCAAUGUGGUUCGGAUCAGUGGAACGGCGGACGAGGAGACAGAGACUUUUGGAUAGGGUUGUUGGUGCAGUUCGUAGAUUGAGUAGUCGUUGAGGUAU